AUGUCAGAAACAUCAACUUCAACAGCAACAGCAGCAAAAAAUAAUAAAAAAUCACUUUAUGAAAUUAUUUUCAAAAGUAAAGAGUUUGUGUUGGAUGUUUAUAUUAGAUUCGAUUGUUUUUUUUAUUUUAUUUUAAGUUUUUUGGGCAUUUAUUCACCAGAUGGUUUCAAGAGUGUUAUAGAUUUUCAAAAAUUUUUUAAAAAUCCAAAUUUUACAGAACCAGCACAAAGACUAUUGGAUGAAAGCGAAGAUUAUAGUGAAGAGUUAUUGUCAAAUCAAGAACAACAACCAAGUUUCGAUAGCGAAGGUUUUGCCAAGUUUUAUGAAAAUCAAAUAUUUUUAAAUUUACUUACAAUGUAUUCAGUACUUUUAGCUACAGUAACAUUUAUUCAAUCGAUUAUAGCAUUAAGAAUUUUAUUAUCAAAAGAAAAAUCAGUUAAAACAUCAAAUAUUCAUCUUUUAUUAAUUAUAGAUUUUGUUUUAAUUAUCUUUAAUGCUUGGAUUGUAUUUUUUAAAUCACAUCUUUUCCUUCCAAUCGGUUUCAUGGCAACAAUCCUCUCUCUUUUAAUUUCAAUCAUUGACUUUUCAAUCUUAUUCUUUUUAUCCUCAUCACAUAAAACUUUGGUUUCCUCGGUAAAAUCUUUUAUUUCAUCCAUAUCCUCUUUUUCAAAAACCGCCAAAAAAGCUUAUAAAGAUGAAUUAAAAAAGAAAAAACAAGAACAAUUAGAAAAACAAAAACAAAAGAAAACUAAAUAA